GCCACCAAAUCCACAGGUAUGCAGAAGUUUAUAACAUGAAAUUCUCAGGGUUCAGUUGUAAUUUUAUCUUUUUAAUUUUUAUCCUAUGUUCUUCAAAUCCCAUUUCAAAAAACAGUUCCUUUUCCCUCCAACACUUUUCUCAUUUGUAACUCAAUGCUUCAGUAACUACUCUCAUGAACCACAUCCAUGUAAUCAUUCCCUUAGCAGACUCAAAGCUUUUGUUCCAAUCCCUAAUGAACCCAACUUUAGGGAGCCUGAAAUUGUUCAUUUGUUUUGUGCUAAAGCCCUCAAAGUUGCUGCUAUAAGGGCUUUUCUCCCUGAAGGGAAACAGUUGCAUGCCCAUUUGAUAAAGUUUGGUUUUUGUCAUGUUCUGUCAUUGCAAAAUCAGUUCUUGAGUAUUUACCUUAAAUGCAAGGAAACCAAAGAUGCACUUAAACUGUUUGAUGAAUUGCCUGGGAGAAAUGUGGUCUCGUGGAAUAUCCUGAUCCGUGGCUUUGUUGGAUGUGGAAAUGAAAAUGACUUAUUUCCUCAUCUGGGGUUUUCUUAUUUCAAGCGGAUGUUGUUCGAAAAGGUGGCUCCGGAUGAUAUAACAUUGAAUGCUUUGAUUGGUGUAUGUGCAAAGCUUCAUGAUAUCAAAAUUGGAGUACAACUGCACUGUUUUGCAAUGAAAAGAGGACUUGAUUUGGAUUGUUUUGUAGGUAGUGCUUUGGUUGAUUUUUAUGCAAAAUUUGGUUUGGUUGAGAAUUCAAGGAAGGUUUUUUGUGCUGUUACACAUAGAGAUUUGGUUAUGUUGAAUGUCAUGAUUUCUUGUUAUGCCCUGAAUUGUUUACCAGAAGAGGCCUUCAGGAUUUUCAACUCAAUGAGAUCGGAUGGUGCUAAUGGCGACGAAUUCACUUUUAGCAGCCUGCUAAGUAUAUGUGAUAUUUUAGAAUAUUAUGAUUUUGGAAAGCAAGCUCAUAGUCUUAUUCUGAAACUGUCAUUUGAAUCCGAUAUUCUAGUGGCGAGUGCAUUAAUCAAUAUGUACGCAAAAAAUGAAGAUGUCAUUGAUGCAAAGAGAGUAUUUGACAAGAUGGCGAUUCAAAAUGUUGUGGCAUGGAAUACCAUGAUUGUUGGGUGUGGAAAUAAUGGCGAAGUGAUUGAUGUUAUGAAGAUUCUCAGAGAUAUGUUACUCGAAGGAAUUUUCCCCGAUGAACUCACUAUUUCCAGCGUUCUUAGCUCGUGUGGCUAUGCUUCUGCCAUAACUGAAACUCAGCAAGCUCAUGCCUUAGCAAUUGAUGUUAGAACCUGAUCUUGUUACAUACACUUCACUGAUAAAUGCAUAUGCAUUCCAUGGUCUUGGCAAAGAAGCAACUGGGAUGUUUGAGAAGAUGCUAUCGUGCGGCAUAAAACCUGACCGGAUUUCUUUUCUUGGC